GUUUUGUUUUCACCAUCUCUAUUGAAAUUCUAAAAUUUUAAGGUUUCAAAAAAUGGGAAAUUGGGUAUUCACGUUAGGAGAUACUAAUCAAGAUACCAAGCAAAAAGCUCUAACCUGUAUUUAUAGUUUUGAUGGAGUUGUAUCUGUACGUUAUUAUGCACAAAUGAACGCAUUUUGCGUGUUUGGAGAAGGAAUUAAGGAGACCGAAAUUCAGAAAAAGAUAGAUGAGCUUUAUAACCCAAAACCAAAGACUAGGUACCUAUUUGGUUGUAUUCCCAUGUAAUGACAUGGUGU